UCUACGUACUAUACGUCCUUGUCUCUAGAAUCUAAGAUGACUUAUCACUAGAGGAAACAGUGUUGGUGCUAAAUGAUCACACCAAUGAGCACAAGUCUACACUUGACAUUCCACGUGCACCUUAAUCGCUAACAAGAAAACGGAUGAACAGACUGAACACUCAGUCCACACAAUCACUUCACUUGUUACAGACGUGAUGAUAGGUUGGCUUCUCAUGAAAGACAAAGAACCGUCAGUCCCUGUGUCACAACGGAUGGUUCCUGGGUGUGGCGUAUACCAUUGUACCACAUACUACAUCGCACCUCUUUCUCUUCUUCUCAUUUACUCAGUGAAAGUGCCUUGUUGUAGUGUAGCAUUAAGCCGCAGUUCGAGUGAACAACCAUGAGGUCGACUUUGUUCAUCUUGCUCAUUAUGGCAGUGAUUGCAAUGACGGUGGCACCACCGCCUGGUAAAGGCAAGCAUAAGCGUCCACGACCACCAGUGACUGAUGAAGAUGAUACAGCCCAGCUGGAUACUGACGAUCCAGACAAAGGACACAAAGACAAACCAAAGCGUCCACCUCCACUGAAAUCUAAAGGACCACCUACUUCAGAAAAUGAUACAGUUGCUGAUGAUAAAGACAAAGGACAUAAAGACAAACCAAAGGAUCCACCUCCACUGAAAUCUAAACAACCACAUACUCCUAAAAAUGAUACAGCUGCUGAUGAUAAAAAAAGUCCAGCAUGUGUAAAAUCAAAGAAAACAAAGACCAAAGCUGAAUCUGAAUCUGAAGCUGGAUCUGAAUCGGGAUCUGGAUCUGGAUCGGGAUCUGGAUCAGUAGAAGACAAAGAUCACGAUGAUGAAGAACCACCUAAGAAGCUUCCUUCAAACCGUAAACCAGGACAUAAACCAAAAUCUAAAUCAAAGUCAAAACCAGGACAUAAACCUGGGCCUAAACCUGGGCCUAAACCUGGGCCUAAACUAAGACCUGCAGAAGAAGAAGAGACUGAAGAAUGCCCAACAGAAGUUGAAGUUCAAGAGCCAACCACUGCAGCUGAAAUGGAGACGACUGAGGUCAUCAUUGAAAUGGAGACGACUGAGGUCAUCAUUGAAGUGGCCACAAAAGAAGCAACUGCAACCACUCCAGCUGAAUUCCAGGCUACUGAGGUUGUCACUGAAGUGGCCACAAGCCUAACACCUGAGUGAUCAAUGACACCAAUCGAUUUGAACUCAAACAACAACUGGUGGAAAAAAUUUGUGGGAUACGCUGCAAGCUGCAUGUGUGCUUUUGUUUUGUGGUAACUGCAACACAGUUGUGUUUUGUCUUCAAGUAACUAGAAAAAGUAAGGUCAGUCAACAUUUGUUGCCUGCCUGCACACCACGAAUUAAAAUGUGCAUAAUAUUUAAA